GCGGAACGCGAAGCCAUGGCUGAAGCGCGGGGCGCCGAUGACGGGCCCGGGGCCCAGGGGAUGGGGCUGGAGGUGAAACUGGAGCCCGAAGGGGCGGGCUUGGAGGUGAAGCUGGAGCUGGCGGGGGGCGUGGAGGCGAAGCUCGAAUGGGACGGGCUGCAGAUCAAGGUGGAGGUGAUGGAGGAGCCCGCGGAGGGGGCUCAGGCGGCCCCAGGGCUGCAGCGGGCACUGACGGACCGAGGAGAGGUGAAGCAGGAAGCAAUAGACGCAGUCGAGGUGAAGCAGGAGUUGUUAGACGGAGUCGAGGUGAAGCAGGAAUUAAUAGACGAAGUAGACGUGAAGCAAGAAAUAAUAGAGGGAGUAGAGGUGAAGCAGGAAUUGAUGGAUGGAACAGAAGUGAAGCAGGAAUUGGGGGACGAACAAGAAGUGAAGCAGGAAAUGAUGGAUGAACAAGAAGUGAAGCAGGAGUUUGCAGAGGGAGUGGAGGUGAAGGAGGAGCUUCUAGAUGGAAUAGACUUAAAGGAGGAACUUGUAGAUGGCGAAGACGUGGAGGAGGAACGUAUGCGUGGAGUAGACGUGAAGGAAGAACUUGUAGAUGGAGUAGAGAUGAAGGAGGAGUUUGUGGAUGGAGUAGAGAUGGAGGAGGAGUUUGUGGAUGGAGUAGAGAUGGAGGAGGAACUUGUAGGUGGAGAAGAUGAGGAACUUGUAGGUGGAGAAGAAGAUGGGGAGCAGGGACUUGUAGAGCAGGGAUUUGUAGAUGAUGUGGAGCAAGAAUUUGUUGAUGAAGAAUAUGGGGAGGAGGAAUUUGUAGAUGGAGAAUAUGGGGAGGAGGAAUUUGUAGAUGGAGAAUAUGAGGAACAGGAACUUAUAGAUGGAGGAGAUGGGGAGGAGGAAUUUGUAGUUGCAGAAGAUGGGGAACAGGUACUUGUACAUGGAGGAGAUGGGGAGCAGGAACUUGUAGAAGGAGAAUAUGUGGAGCAGGAACUUGUAGAUGGAGAACAUGGGGAGCAGGAAUUUGCAGUAGGAGUAGAUGGGGAGCAGGAACUUGUAGAAGGAGAAGAUGGAGAGCAAGAAUUUAUAGAUGGAGGAGAUGGGGAGCAAGUGUUUAUAGAUGGAGAAGACGGGGAGCAGGAAUUUGGAGAUGGAGAUGGGGAGCAGGGACUUGGAGAAGACGCAGGGCAAGAAUUUAUAGAAGAUGAGCAGGAAUUUGUAGAUGGAGAAGAUGGGGAGCAGGAACUUGUAGAUGGAGAAUAUGUGGUGCAGGAACUUGUAGGAGGAGAAGAUGGGGAUCAGGAACUUGUAGGUGGAGAAUAUGUGGAGCAAGAACUUGUAGAAGGUGAAGAUGGGGAUCAGGAACUUGUAGAUGGAGAAGAUGUGGAGCAGGAAUUUGUAGGUGGAGAAGAUGGGGAGCAAGAAUUUGUAGAUGGAGAACAUGUGGAGCAGGAAUUUGUAGGUGGAGAAGAUGGGGAGCAAGAAUUUGUAGAUGGAGAACAUGUGGAGCAGGAACUUGUAGAUGGGGAAUAUGUGGAGCAGGAACUUGUAGAUGAUGAAUAUGUGGAGCAGGAACUUGUAGAUGGGGAAGAUGAUCAGGAAGAACUUAUAGAUGGAGAAGAUGGGCAGGAGGAACUUGUAGAUGGGGAAUAUGUGGAGCAGCAACUUGUAGGUGGAGAAUAUGUGGAGCAGGAACUUAUAGAAGGAGAAUAUGUGGAGCAGGAACUUGUAGAUGGAGAAUAUGUGCAGCAGGAACUUGUAGAUGGAGAAUAUGUAGAGCAGCAAUUUGUAGCUGGGGAAGGUGGGGAGGAGGAACUUGUAGCUGGGGAAGAUGGACAGCAGGAACUUGUAGAUGGAGAACAUGUGGAGCAGGAACUUGUAGAAGGAGAAGACGGGGAGCAGGAACUUGUAGAUGGAGAAUAUGUGGAGCAAGAACUUGUAGAUGGAGAAUAUGUGCAGCAGGAACUUGUAGAUGGAGAAUAUGUGCAGCAGGAACUUGUAGAUGGAGAAUAUGUGCAGCAGGAACUUGUAGAUGGAGAAUAUGUGCAGCAGGAACUUGUAGAUGGAGAAUAUGUGGAGCAACAACUUGUAGAUGGAGAAGAUGGGGAGCAGGAACUUGUAAAUGGAGAAUAUGUGGAGCAGCAACUUGUAGAUGGAGAAGAUGGGGAGCAGGAACUUGUAAAUGGAGAAUAUGUGGAGCAGCAACUUGUAGAUGGAGAAGAUGGGGAGGAGGAACUUGUAGAUGGAGAAGGCAGGGAGCAGGAACUUUUAGAUAGAAUAGACAUGAAAGAGGAGUUUUUAGAUGGGCUGGAGGCGAUGGAAGAGGUGGUGGGAAGACUACAAAUGAAAAAGGAGAUGCCAGACUGGUCGGAGGAGGGUAUCUCACUGUUGAGUGGAGGGGAGGGGAUGGUGGGAGAAAUUGGAAUGGAGGGAGUGAUAGAAGAAAUGAGUGUGAAGGAAGAAGGCAUGGGUGAAACGGAAGUGAAAGAGGAAGAGAUGUUAGGGGGAUUAGAAGUAAAAGAAGAAAUGAUGGAAGGGGAGAAAAUUGGGGAAGAGGAGGAAAUCAUAUUAGAGGGGAUGAAUGUCAAGGAGGAGAUGGUGGGGAAAAUGGAGUUGAAGGAGGAGGAGGAAGUUAAUAUGGAGGUGGAGGAAGUGAAUGUGAAGGAAAAUGAAUUUGAAGUGAAGAAAAAGGAAAAUGGAAUGGAAUUGAAGACAGAAGUGGAUGGAAUGGAGAUGAAGAAAGAGGAAGUGAAGGAAAAAGUGAUACGUGGGCAAGAGGUGAAGGAAGAAGAAAUGACUGGAGCAAAGCUGACAGAGGAACAGGAGCCACCGAGAAGGCCUCAGGUGGGCAGCAAGCGGAAGCUGGCCAUGUCAAGCUGUGAAACUUGUGGUACAGAAGAAGCAAAAUACAGGUGUCCACGUUGUAUGAAAUGUUCCUGCAGCUUAGCCUGUGUGAAGAAACACAAAACAGAGCUUACAUGCAAUGGAAUUCGAGAGAAGACAGCAUUUGUUUCAUUAAAACAGUUUACCGAAAUUAAUCUUCUAAGUGAUUAUAGGUUUUUGGAAGAUGUAGGAAGAUCAGCUGACUACAUUGCUAGAGAUGUUUUCUUGAAAAGACCCUCAACAAAUAGAAUUUUAAAUUAUAUGAAAAACCGAGCACGAAGACACAACAUUGACUUAAGAAUUUUACCAAUUGGCUUCACCAAAAGAAGAGAGAAUUCAACAAUGUUUGAUAGGAAAGAGCAGCGUUUCUAUUGGCAUCUGAAACUCCUGUUUCCUCAGAGUCAUGCUGAAUAUGUGGAGAAAGGAGUGCCUGGUGACAAGAAGCUUCAUGAAAUCCUAAGAACCUACAUUGAUCCUGAAAAAUCUGAUCCUGUAAUUCGUCAGAGGUUAAAAGCCUAUGUGUUUUCUGAGAGUGGCGUACAGAUUUUAAUGAAGAUUGAAAAUAUGCAGCAUAACUUAAUCAGGUAUUAUGAACUGGAUCCUUGUCAAAGUCUCACAGACAAUUUGAAGGACAAAGUGGUGAUUGAGUACCCAACAUUACAUGUGGUAUUGAAAGGAUCUAAGAAUGACAUGAUAAUCCUUGGCCAAGAGACAAGUGAAUCUACUGAGAGUUUUGGCAAUGAAAAUCCAGCACUUUCUUCGGAGGAAGAAGGUGAAAUUCAAGAGAGUUCCUGAGGAAUAUGCAUUGGUUGUCUGCUUUGGGAGAGGAGGAGCGCCUUUGAUUUUGGUUUUAGUUUUUUACUUUUAAAUUUAAUUUUUUUAAAAUUUACAUUAAGAAUUUUUUUUCUGGCCCAGUGUUCAUGUGAGGUGCCCAGUCAGAUUACUAGCUUUUUUUUUUUUCUUUUGAUCAUCAUUGAAUGAAUUUGUUCCCAUUUUCAUUCAUAUGAACUUUAGUAUUUAAUAUCUAACCUUUACUUAGAUAUUUUGAAGCUUAAUUACUCAGAUUUUUGCUAACCAGUGAAGGAUUGGUGUGUAAACUAUAAGGGCCAAAAGAAUCUGGCUCCAUGAGGGUUCAAUUAUUGAUAUUGAUAUUGAUAAAUAUAUAUAUAUAUAUAUAUAUAUUGACCUUGGAACAAUGAUUUUUUUUUUUUAAACUGCAUGUGCAUCUUUCCAUCUUGAGGGAAGAAAAAAGCAAUGUCUUAGAAUUGAGUAGUUUAAUCUGAAAGGCACCUAAUAUAAUCAAAUGAGGACUUUGGUAAAAUGUAACAGAAGACUGUUUGAGUCAUCAGUUUGCAUACUCUCUAGGAAUCAUAAAUGUUUAAUACUGUCUUCAUUUCCAUCACUACAUAUGCUUCUCCCCUUUAAUGUCAUUAAAGUAUGUAUGGAGUAGUUGGAUCUUUAAUUUAUUUUUCAUUCCUAGCAAUACCUGAAAAACUUGGAAUCUGUGCUAUAGAAAUGUACAUAUGUGUAUUUAUUAUAUGGACACUUUAAAUUUUUAUCAUAUGGUAUCCUUGUAAGCCUUAUGAUUUCACUUGUUGGAAUUGCAACGUUUUCCUAAUUUUACUGGAAUUUCUUAAGUUAUGAAACGACUGUAUAGAUUAAAAGAUUAUUACAUCUGUAUCGCAUCUGUGUAUUGAGUGAUUUUAAAAGGGAGAUAAAAAAGACAUUGUUGAAUUUAUGAUUAUUUCAAAAUUGGAAGGAGAUCUAGAAAAUAGUGUGGGGCCCUAGGAAGCUUGAAAAUGUAUGAAGAUUAUAGAAGGAUAAAUUGAAAGAAAAGUUUUAUGAUAGCUACUAUAGAAACUGGGAAAGAAGAAAUCUAGAAUAUGGUGAUGUUCAGUGAGUCUCUGGGUGAAAAAAUAAAUCAUCUUUUUAAUAUGAUUUGUAAAGAGUAAGUUCAUUAUUUAACCUGAUGAGAGCUUUCUAUAUAUCCUAAGUCUUUACAUCUUAAAAAGAACAUAUUCCUCUAUCUUUCUGUUUUUGAUCUUUGUAUUUCCCCUUCCCCUAUAAAAACUUCUCAUGUGAGCGACACCUUGCUAGCAAGAUAGCAGAGAGAGAACUAAAGUUGAUAUCUCAAAGAGUUAGUUUAUGAGGAAUGAAUAGAUCAGAUUCAAAUUAAUGUGAAAUUUGGCUCUCUCUACUCAACAUUGGGAACGGGACAAAAGUGAGUUAAGUGAGUAGUAUAAAUACCAUGAAAAGAGUUAGAAAGCAUGGUGCAGAGAUGUGAUUUAGUAGAGAUAGUAUAAAGUACACAAAAGGACAUGCAAUCUGAAUAUCAGGGAAGAGAGGCGUUUCCUGACAGUGAAAUCUGUUAUGUCGUAGAUAUAUUUCCAAGCAGAGUGUUAAGAAUUCCAUCCUUUGUGGAAUUUAGAUGUAGACUGGAUAAAACCCAAAGUAUUUACCCUGUGCUUUCCCCCACCCAGGGGAAAGACUCCAUGACUUAAUUCAUCUUUGCCGUCCCUGAUUUCUAAAAUUCCAUUUCUUAACCAUUCCUACCCUAGAUUAGUCCUGUGGAAACAGUCUCCUUUGCCCCCGGCAAGGUGUACGUUGAUUCACUGUUUGAAUUUUAGAUGUGUUGAUACGGUCCUGUGCCAUAGGUUUCAAAAGUGGUGGGAUUGGGGGAAAGGAUUUUAAUUUGCUGAGAGUGCAGAAUAUUUUAGAACUAGGAACUAAAAUCUUGGAACUCUUAUUUUAAUUCUUUCUCCCUUUCCAUUUCUGGAUUUUUGACAGAGUUCUAAGUAAACUGAUGUAUGUCAAGUUCAGCAUGCUGCAUUUCACAAAUCAUACUCAAUGCACAAGAGAUGAACAGGCUUUUCAUUUUGUUUUUGUAAACAUUGAGUUCAAAGGAAAUUGGGACUUUCAUAAUUGCUAAUUAUUUCAUAAAGGUUUAUUUAAUAGCCACAAAUUACUGUAAAUGUUAUCUACAGCUGUUCUUAUUAUAAAUAUGAGUUUAAAGAUCACAAUAAGUAUUAUAAUUACCAAAGCUUAGUUAGCAGCCAAUUUGUUUCACGUGUAGCAAUUUCUGGGAUCCAAGGUUCAUGGUGGCUAUUAAAAUACUAAAAAUGUAUAUAUCUUUUUAUAUCCUAUUGUUAGGGGGCUCACUGAACAAUUUUUAAAAUUUGUGGCUUUUUUUUUCAGUUUCUUUAAAUUUUUAUAGCAUGGAAAAAAAUUUUUUUAACAUCACUUAUAGACCUUUAAAAUGACUAAAUGUCCUAAAAUGCCUUUUAUGUUUUGUCUUUAGACACAUGGUUUACUUAUUCAGAGUUUAUCUUUGUGAUUUAAAGUAAUUUUUCUGAAGGUAGAGUAUAACACGAGAUGCAUCUAUAAAGUCCUAGUUGUUUUAAUUAUUCUUAGAACUGUUUUCAGUUUCCAUUUAGGACUGACUUAUUUGGAUUUGUCAUAGUAUUAUUGAUUUGAAUAAGUGCUUGUAGCUUCAAACUUUUUUCCCUGUUGAAAUUUUGGAAGCUGUUUCCAGUUUCACCAAUAUUAAAUAUGUUUAUUUUGAAAUUCAAGAGAUGUUUGGUACAAUAUGCUUCAAAAAUAAAAAAAAAAUUU